AUUGUAAUUUUUGGCGCAAUUAAAUCGAGUGCGGUUGGCGUCUUAUUUUAAUUAUUGUUCAAUUCGUUCAUAGUAGAUAUUGUGAGUUAAAAUUAGUGUGAUUUUGUGUUACAACCGUCUGCACAAAUAAAGAAUUAGUGUAAUCUUUAAAAUAUACGCUAUUCCAGUCAAGUGGAAGUAAGAAUUUUAUUGUAGUGUUGACUACCUCACAGAAGCUUAUCGAGAAAUUUGACUCGAUACAUUUCGUGCUAAAUACUCCAAGAAACAUUAGAAUGCGUCACACCCUCAUCCUAAUGUAAAAAAACAGAAAACUAAAGAUUAGGCUGUAUUGGCAUUGUUGCCUUUGCCUUCUCUAAAAAAGAAGAACAUUAAAACAAAGGAUUUUUUAGGAACUGUUUAUUUUUAUUAGCACAGUUUAGACAGGAUUAAAUAAUUACAACAUUUAAAAUAAAAGGCAAUAAAUUAAUUAAUGCGAUCAUGUCUCUUGCUCUUUGUGCAAGUUCUUCAAAAAUUAAUUCAGUUUUUAAAGAAUUCGUACGCAAUGCAAGUAAAAAGACCGGUGGUAGUACACAGAAUACAAAUGGUAAAGUGAAGCCUAAACAUAGAGGUUGGAAAGUCCAAGAUGGUCACUUUGUUCAAGCUGGCCAUAUGUUAGCAACGCAAAGAAAACCAAGAUUUCAUCCUGGCCUAAACGUUGGAUUUGGCCGCAAUUGUACACUAUUUGCUAUGGAGGCUGGCAGAGUUGUAAUAACAUGUGAAAAGUUUCAACCAAACUGGGAUCAUAAUUGGGUUAAACUUAUAUAUGGUGGUCGGGAACAACAAACUAUCUUCAAGAAAUAUUUCAAUGUGAUUCCAGAACCACAACACAAUAGAUUUAAACUUAUUGAUGAAAUUUAGAUUUGUUAUAUAGUUAAUUAUUUAAGUUAAUAGUUAGAGUAGAAAUAAAUUAUAGACUACAACAUU